AUGCUGUCUAGCACUUCAAUAUCUUUCGACUGUGACAACAAGAGUAUAUUGGAUGACGUCUCUAGCAUUUAUAGUCGGACGCCGGAAACGCCGAAAAGUUUCUUAUCAUGGAGUCACACCCCGGCACCCCAUCCUCCGAAACGCGAGCUGCCAGAAAUAAAUCCACUAGAUCAUCAGAUUGCUUUAGCUCGUGGCUCUACUAUGGCACUGGAGACAACUCGAGCGCGCUUGAGCGUCUCAAAAUAUAAUAAAAAGCUGUCUCUUGCGGAGCUCAAAGACGAGAAGAUUUCUCAGCGUGAUCAACAAGAAGAGGAAAACCGAUUUUAUCGCUCUUGCUUUGAGAAUUUUCGCCAGCUCGUGAUCAUUGCAAUCGAAGCAUCCGCCGCCGAGAAAACGCAAGAUCUAUCGCUGCAGAGCCACUUUGAGCCCGAACGAGGCAACGAAAAUUUGAAGUUGGCAAUUGAUAGACUACGCAUUGCUUUGGAAAACUCCCGGGUUCAAGAAGCCCAGGCUGAGCGAGACUGGAAAAGCAAGUGGAAAGCUUCAAGGUUCUGGAACCCGGCACCGAGGUGGAUUUAG